AUGGGAAGGUGGAGGUCACCAAAGAAGGUGUGAAGCUGUGCACCAUGGGUCCCGGCAAAGUGUUUGGGGAGCUGGCUAUUCUUUACAACUGCACCAGGACAGCGACCGUCAAGAAUGGGAAGGUGGAGGUCACCAAAGAAGGUGUGAAGCUGUGCACCAUGGGUCCCGGCAAAGUGUUUGGGGAGCUGGCUAUUCUUUACAACUGCACCAGGACAGCGACCGUCAAGACUCUUGUAAAUGUGAAACUCUGGGCCAUUGAUCGACAAUGUUUUCAAACCAUAAUGAUGAGGACAGGACUCAUCAAGCAUACAGAGUAUAUGGAAUUUUUAAAAAGUGUUCCAACAUUCCAGACCCUUCCUGAAGAGAUCCUCAGUAAGCUUGCUGAUGUCCUUGAAGAGACUCACUAUGAAAAUGGGGAAUACAUCAUCAGGCAAGGUGCAAGAGGGGACACCUUCUUUAUCAUCAGCAAAGGAAAGGUAAAUGUAACUCGUGAAGACUCACCAAGUGAAGACCCAAUCUUUCUUAGAACUUUAGGAAAAGGAGACUGGUUUGGAGAGAAAGCCUUGCAGGGGUAA